UAGAAAUAAAAUUGAUUUUUUGUUUUAUCUUCAAGUAAAAUUUGUUAAUUAUAUUACUAUUCAAAUGUCAGAAAAAGAAAAUCUUAUCAAAUAUUUUCUUAGUGGCGGUUUUGGUGGAAUAUGUACUGUUAUAGUGGGUCAUCCUUUAGACACGAUAAAACUGCACCUAAUCUAAUUAUAAGUAGGAUUAUUAAGUCCUACUUAGGAUUGAACUGUCUUUUUCUGAAGAGGAGUGGCCCUAAUAAUGGAUAUGUUAGGUCCGCCUUCAAACUAUGCCUAUACCAGGUCCAAAUGGAGUGCUCUUAUAUAAUGGAACUAUAGAUUGUGCUAGGAAAACAAUUGCAAAAGAAGGAAUACGUGGAUUAUAUAAGGGUAUGGGUGCACCUUUAUGUGGCGUGGCUCCAAUAUUUGCUAUAAGUUUUUAUGGAUUUGGAUUGGGUAAACAAUUAGUACAAAGAAAUAAUGAAGAAUUAACUUCUUUCCAACUGUUUUAUGCUGGUGCAUUUAGUGGUAUCUUUACAACUAUUAUAAUGGCUCCUGGUGAAAGAAUAAAAUGUCUUUUACAAACACAACAAGGUAUAAAAUCUAAAUAUAGUGGUCCUAUUGAUUGUAUGAAACAACUUUAUAAGGAAGGAGGGAUUAAAAGUAUUUAUAAAGGUACCUGUGCUACUCUUUUAAGAGAUGUUCCUGCCAGUGGAAUGUAUUUUAUGACAUAUGAGUGUUUGAAAAAGUGGAUGUCUUCUGAAGAAGGUAAACUAGGAAUACUCCAAACAAUCAUGGCUGGUGGUUUUGCUGGUAUUACAAAUUGGAUUGUUGGAAUGCCACCUGAUGUAUUAAAAAGUCGUUUACAAAGUGCUCCAGAUGGUACUUUUAAAAACGGAAUUCGAGAUGUUUUUAUAAUUUUGAUGAAAGAAGAAGGACCAAAGGCAUUAUAUAAAGGAUGUGUGCCUGUGAUGCUUCGUGCAUUUCCAGCAAAUGCAGCAUGUUUUCUUGGAUUUGAGAUUGCUAUGAAUUUCUUGAAUUGGGUACUGUGAUAUAUAUAAUUUUAUAUAUAGUAAGUUUUUAAGAAAGACAGGUAGUAAUUUUAUUGUCAAUUAAAUGUUAAAUUAGUAAAUUUAAUAUAUUUGUAAAGUAUUUUAUAUUUCUAAAUCAAAGAUAAUAAUACAUUUUUAUAUAUUAUUCAUGUGUCAUAGAAUGUAUAAUGAAUUUGCAAUGAUGUUAUCUAUUUUUUUAUAAUUAUUUAUAUUAUUAUAUAAAUUAUUUUUAAAUAUCGUUCAUAUAA